GGUACUUCUUGGCGUUACUGUGGUUACGUUUCUAGAUGAAUUUGCAAUCAAAUGUAGCUCUUUGCAGCUGAUUGAAAGUGGACGUGAAAGGGAGGGCGAGCUAUAGUGGUGCGGAGAAGUUAUCGAAAGUAAAUUAUUUCGCCAUGGCCAGCCCUUCUCCAGCGAAUCCUUUAGGAUAUCUUGUCAGGAGACAGUAUAAUGAGCGACUUCAUAUCAAUAAGCAGUUGUUGCGAGAAAGGCUGUAUUCAGCACGUAAUUUAUAUAGGAAGGAUCUACUAGCACACUAUGGUUGUGUAAACGCCAUCGAGUUUUCAAAUAAAGGGGAGCUUUUAGCAUCCGGUGGUGAUGACAGGCGAGUGCUGAUAUGGAAUGUUGAACAGGCAGUUCAUGGUGUUAGUAAACCUGCUGCUAUGCGAGCCCAACACAUCAGUAACAUAUUCUGCCUUGGUUUCGAUAGUACGAACAGUAAAGUGUUUUCAGCAGGCAAUGAUGACCAAGUGAUUGUUCACGAUGUGAAAACUGGAGAUCCUCUUGAAUAUUUUCUGCAUGAACAGCCAGUUUAUGGUCUUUCUAUAGAUCCAAUAAACGAUAAUGUAUUCGCCAGUGCCUGUGAUGAUGGAAGGAUCCUUAUUUAUGACAUUCGUUCGCCGCCGGGCACAGAAACAUUUUGCCUUGCCAGUUAUACCUCAGCAUUUCAUGCAGUAAUGUUCAAUCCUGUGGAAUCCAGAAUACUCACGACAGCCAAUUCUAAGGAAGGAGUUUGUCUUUGGGAUGUGAGAAAACCUCUCCAGGCUGUGAUGCGUUAUGGUGGUCAGAACGUUUCCCAGAGUUGCAUGAGUGUUCGUUUCAAUCAGCGUGGUACUCAGAUUCUUGCGCUUCGCCGCCGUCUGCCACCAGUACUGUACGCUGUACAUUCUCCUACACAUAUCUGCCAGUUCGAUCAUGCUGGGUAUUACAACUCGUGCACCAUGAAGAGCUGCUGCUUUGCAGGAGAAGAUGACCAGUAUGUGUUGUCCGGCUCUGAUGAUUUUAAUCUCUACAUGUGGCAGAUACCUCCAUCUGAAACUCAGUGGAUUGGUUCAGCACAUAUGAUACUCAGAGGACAUCGAUCAAUUGUUAAUCAAGUACGCUUCAAUCCUUCAAAUUACAUAAUUGCAUCUUCAGGAGUGGAGAAACUAAUAAAGUUUUGGAGUCCAUUCCCACUACCAGAAUCAACAGGAAGUCUUUUAGAUGAAAGUGAACCAACUGACAAGCAACGGAAAGUUUUUACCCAUGAAGAAUACAUAAGUUUGGUGCUCAGGAGUGGCCAGUUCAUGUCCCAUGACUAUAGUCACCAGUCUACGAAAGAAGAUCCUCGUAUGAUGGCCUUCUUUGAUUCCUUGGUUCAGCGGGAAAUUGAAGGCUGGAGUUCAGAUGAGAGUGUGAGCUCAGAGGUUUCUGCCACUCAUUAUGCAGAAACUGUUCAGGAUGCUUUGCCUUCACCUUCCUCUGAUUCGGAGUCUGUGCAUUCAGAUUCUCAAGCGACCGACUUGCAAGCCUUGGCUGCAGCAUAUGUGGAGGCAUUGGAAGGACAAGUUAAUAAUGCACCUGACCAAAAUGUUGCCGAUGCCGACCGAUCCCAGCCAGUGGAAGCACAGAAUAGGAUCUCCCAAUUAAUUGCAAGAAAACGUGCCCAGUUGAUGCGGUUGGCUCGGACCCGCUCUCAAGUUGACGACCUGCCAGAGGCUACACGGUCAACAAAUAAGAAAUAUAAGGCAAGAAUGUUGAUGCUUGGUGCAGGACACAUCACUGAUAGUAGUGAAAGUGGGCGAGAUGUUACAGUAAAUAAAGAAGACACUGCAGAUUCUGAAGAUGAUGUGGUAAAUAAUAGAGCAAAGAAAAGGUUAAGUGGUGUUGUAAAGAAAGAAAGUGUGACUGGAUAUCAAAAUGGUAAGACAAGUGCUUCUUCAUCCAAAACUUCAAAGAAAUCUGAGACAAAAUCGUGCAAUGAAAACAGGAAACGAAGGCUAAAGUAUAUGUUGGCUUUCAGUGAGAGUUCUGAUGAAGAAGUGGGCUGGAAACCUUCCCACAAAAGAAAAAAGUUAUGGAAUGAAGCCAAGAGUUCAGGAGCAAAAAGCAGUGAUACAGAUGGUGUGGGCACUUCUGAAGUGAGUGGUGAUGAAAUUCAAAGCGAAUCAGAUCCUCAGUUGAAUGGUGGUAAUGAAAAUAGCCAGAGCAAAUUUUCCAAGAAGGUAAAAAGGUUACGGAAGCGCAGAGGGAAGCUAAGUGAGUCAGAAAAUGGCACAGUUUUGGAGGGUAGUGACUCAGACACCAGUAGUGACUCUGUGUGGUAUGUAUCUAAGACGUUUGAAACAAGGAACUCUUCAUUUCAUGACCGACCCUCACAGUUGAGCACUAUAAGUAAACCAGUCAGAAAUAAUACUGUUCGGAAAUGGAAUGGGAAACAGAAAUGUGAUGGUCACAAAAAGAUACUGAUAGAAACAUCUUCUGAUUCAUCUGAUAAUGAUCAAGGAAAUUUCAGUCAUAAGAUUCCCCUGAGAAAUAAAGACAAUAAAGUUCCUAACCCUGCAAAUCCAGAGGCCUUAGCUAAGCUCAAAGUAUCAUAUGCUCGAAGUUUUAAUUGCAAUAAGAAUGUAAUAAAAGAUAAGUGUGAUAGUAGUGCCAGUAACAACAAUAAUAACAAUAGGGGAUCUGUGAUCUUGCCUAGCCUUCCCAGUCCAUCAUCUUCCAGUAUCGAGCAGCAUAACAGGUCUCCACUUGACAUGGAAACUCCAGACAGUGGCAUCGUUAUGGCACCAUGCAGUAGUACCGGCAGUCUAGAGUCGAGCUCUGCGUUCAGUUCUCGGCCUGGCAGCAGCAGUGGGAGUCUUCGUGUGGAGUCCAACAGUUCUCGCGUUAUAGCAACUGACAACGAUGGGUCUGAUGACCCUGACUGGAUGAUCUUUAAGCGAUUCAAAAGUCGGCUUGAUAGAGCCCGUAGAAAUUACAGAAAUCAUAUUGGCGAUUCAGAUUCUAACUGAAUUUGUAACAUUAUUUUGUGAUCAUAGAUUCAUACUAUUCCUAGCCUUCAGUAGCAUAUUCGGAAGAUUGAAAGUGAUGGUGAUCUAUAGGCAGACUGCAGAAAAGGAUGCAGUCCGAUUUAGUAGAGCCGUGUGAAGUAAGGAUUGCAAAGUGAAGUGAGGAUGAAUAGCAUUAGUGUUGUUUUUUUUUAACAUCUCAUAGUAAGUUUGUUGUUUUGUACUGUAUACAUUCAUUCUAGAUUUGCUGUUUAUGAUUUGCCAUAGUGACUGAUCACGUGUAAAAUGUUAGUAGUAGUCUGUAUAAGUUUUCUUCAUAUGUAUGUGUUAUCAGCAUGUACAAGUCUUCAUAUGCUACUUUCCAUAAUUCAUUGUUUUUAAGUUAUGCUUUUGAAAUGGGCCUAUAUUUUUUUUGCAAUGCCUCAGUUUUGGUGUCAUUGGGUUGUAACUGUUCUGACAGGGGUACAGUACCCAUUAUUUCUUCCAAGCAUUCAGAAACCCUGCUAAUUAGGAGUUUUGAGUAACCAUGAUAUACCUCAAUAUUGGCAAACGUGCUGUGAGUCGAUAUUAUUUCUUCUCUGUAGAUGCUUCUGAUUAGUUUGCCACAUGUUUUACUGGUCAUACUAAACUUCAUUAACUACAGAUGUAUACAUGUAAAUGAAUGUAGUUGAACGGAAGCAUUAAUGCUUAUGGUGUAUAUAUGACAUUUAUUUUUUGUCUUCCAUUUUCAAUGAGUUGGAGUAUGUUUGGUAAGUAAUGCAGAACUUCCAAUAUUUCUUGUGUACAUAUACUAUUAUCAUUAAUUUUGUAGUAUAACUUAUAGUUACAGUUUGUUGUUAUAUACUAUAUUAUUAACAAGUGGACAUAAUAGUAUGUAAUUUUACUUGUAACAGUAGAUUGAGCAAUUCAUUUGCACACUUGUGUGGCAACGUUAAAGUCUAGUCAGUUGGCUGUUUCUCUACAAGAUUUGAGAAUAGCAAUACACCUGAAAGAAGAAAUGUUUCUGGGUAAUUAUGUAUUCUUACAUUUCACUUAUUGCAGAUUAACUGCUUUCUGAACAGGAUGCAAAACACAUAUAAAGAUCAUAAAUUUUUGUUUUGUUUUUCAUUAUGUUCAAAAAAUAUUGUGUAUUAUAUUUUGUAACAAAUGCAUGGCCAUCAUUUAUGUAAGUAAUGAACAAAUGCUUAGCAAGGUAUCAUCAAUGCGACACUAUCUUCAUUGAUAUAUAAUAGUUUGAACCAGAUAUUUGUUGAUCUUCCAGUCUAUAUGCAAAAUGAUGAUCUAUUUUUUAGAAAGAUAAUUGAUUUAUUGAAGCAUAUCAUAUUUAUAGGGAGACCAGAAUUACCAUGAUCACAGUUAAGAUUGACUGAUUGUAAAAUUGGAAGAUUCAAAUAUAAUUUUAUGUACCCACAUUGAUGUGUUAGUGCUGUAUUGAAAACUAUUGUGACUGUCAUUAUAAAAAAACAUGUCAGACUCCCAGUUGUCCAGUGCACAGAGUGAAACAAUCAUACAUAUACAUACGGGAGAAACUGGUUCAUGGCCAUGACAAUGGCACUUUAUUUAUUACUGAAACUCCUAACAGCCCCUUGUCAGCAUGUUUUAUUUGAUCAAAUAUCUGUAUAAUAAUCUAGGGAAGCCUUUUGCUUUGUUACAGGCUUUAAUUUGAAUUAGAAACUGAUUUGUCUAAUUGUCUAGAGAAGCCAUUUUCUGUUUACAUGCUUUUGUUUGAAUGAGAAAGCAUUUGUCUAAUAAUCUAGACAGCCAAUUUUCUGUGUUACAUUCUCUUAUUUUAACUAGAAAAUAUAUUUGUCUAGUCAUCUAGAAAAGCCAUUUUUUAGUGUUUCAGCCAUUUGUUUGAGCUAUAAAACAUCUUUUUCAUUAAGUAGAGAGACCAUAUUCUGUGUUUCAAGCUCUUAUUUGAACUUGAGAAGAUUUUCUGAUCAUCCAGCGAAGCUAUCUUAUGCUAUUGGCAUGUUAAUCAUGUCGGUACAACACCAACAUGUUUAUUUUCAGUCCAUUAUAUGAGAUUGAAGUUGUCAUGGCAGUGAGUAUUUAAAUUAUGGUUGUCUGGGAUGUAAUGCUGUCUAAACAAGAUACACAAAAUGUAUACAAAAGUAUGCAGUCUACAGAACAAUAUUCUGUAUUUAAAACAAAGGAGUCGCUAUCGUAUCAACAUGUUUUUAUUGACAACAUAUUUUGACCCUUUACUGGAUCAUCACCAAGUGUACAAUGAUACCAGAUUCAGUUGUUGAAUUGCAUCUAAUUCUUCAAUAAGGAUCCUUAUUGUGCUCUUGAGUGUUU